GUUGUUCAUUCCCGUCGUGGAGCAGCUGGGCUCCAGUGCUGAUUCUCUCUCUCUCGCCUGGGGCUAGGACGUGUAUCGCAGGGCGCUCCAGCGUGCGAUGAACCACGCCGAUAAGCCCCUCAGCAUGCAAUGCUGGAGCCAUACAUGAGCAAUACAGUACAUACGGAUCAAAACACGAUAUCUCGGAACAACCGCCUGUCUCUGUCCCACCGUUUUCGAAAGAAAACUGCUCCGAGUGUGCGCUCGAGGCGUCGCUGGGCCAUGCGUGGCUGGAUACUUCCCAACCGCUUAGCUGCAUACCACGGCCCACAUGGAUGUGGAGCGAGCGAGCGCAGCGACACAACGAGCACGCUAGCGGGCUGGAUCAGGUUUUAUGAUAGAUGCUUUCAAACGCCAUUCACCUCCUUGUAAAUCAUUGAGCGCUUCGAAGUCCCCGUCUGGGCGCUCUGGCUCCACUCGGUCUGUGAGUGGCAGGCUCUUUUUUUUCUGGGCGCUCUGGUCGUGCGAUCCGUCGAUGAGCACGAUCGAUCUACCCUGGAUUCUAGCCAUCCAGCCAUCCGGCAUUCAACCCCGCCGGUGUGUCUUCUCUUCCUCCUUCGAGCCGUGGAACCAGCGAGCUGCGCAGCUGCGAAUCAUGGAGACAGACCUGAGAGGCCACGCUGCAAUCGGUCUUUGGAAACUGGGCGUAGUCCAUUGGAACACAUCCAUCUUUCGCGCCGAGCGGGUGCAAUGUUACGCAGAACCCGGCGCGUGCUUCUUUGCGCGGCACGGCUCUGGGUAAUUACGUGACGUGACCCUUCGCCCCGUCCUGCGUCCAAUGGCACCGCUCACGGAGGGUUUCUUGAUCAUCAUCGUCGUGUGGGAGCGCCUGGCCGGCGCCGGCCCCUUUGCGCGGCUUUUAUAGCUCCCUGGGUGGGGAUACGCGAUCCCUUUUGGCAUACCCCCUCCUCUCACCACCACCCCCCCCUCCGCUCCGCUCCGCCAACGCGUUAUGUCCGGAGACCCCUCCCUCACGAAUGCGUCGUUGCCCGUCCCUGCGGCGCUGGGGCACGAUCUGAGCAAAUUCGGCCGGGACUUGAAUCAAGACGCGGUCGGUGUGAUAUGGGAGUCGAUGUUCGUCGGUGCUUAUGGAGUCUUUUUUAUGCUCGCGGUGUAUUCCAUCUUUCGAAAAGGGAUGCGCUCGCGAGGCUCGUACAUCAUGCUCGCGGUUGUGAUCUACCUAUACGCCACCUCGCUUACCCUCUGGGCCCUGAACGUCACGUCGUUGUUUCAAACGACGCGCGCGCUGCUUAUGAUAGAGGAUCAGACCGCGUCCGUCAACGACCGCAUUAACCUGGCGAACGAGAAGCUGAUGGUCCUGGGGAAUCCCAUGGAGGCGUUGUUUAUGUUUAAUAUGGUGGUUGGCGACGCGGUGGUCAUUUGGCGCGCGUGGGUGCUGUAUCACGGCCGCUGGUGGAUCGUCGGCAUGCCUUGUCUCAUGUUGCUCCUGUCUCUCGGCUUCAAUAUCACCGAUAUCGUGUGUCUCACGCAUGCGGGGUUCAGCACGAACACCUCCAUCGCGGGCGUAGGCGAUAUAUGCCCACACGCAGAGCUCAUGUCCUGGGCCUUCUCGUUAGGAACAAAUUUCAUAUGCACAGUGCUUAUCGCAACGAAAGCCUGGACUCACCGCAGGUCCACACGCAAUCUUCACUCAACCGCUUCCUCUGGGAAUCGCCCACGCCGCACACUCUCGACGGACAAGGUGCUCGCGCUGCUCGUCGAGUCCGGAUUCAUCUACUGUUUAUUCUGGCUGACACAACUGAUCCUCUUCUUCGACAUCCCGCGCAGCUCGCCCGCGAUCUACGUGUACGAGCUCUUCGCGGGGAUGGGCGACCAGAUCUCAGGCCUGUACCCGACCCUCAUCAUCGUCAUCGUCAACUUCCACCGCACGAUCUGGGACUCGGACGACGGUGCGUCGCGCAACCGCGCGUCGACGCAGUCCGCGACGGGCUUCAGCACGAUCCGCUGGGCGCCGAAUACGCCGCAUCUGCUGUCGCCCGAGACCUCGCCCGCGCCGGAUACGGCCGUGUUCGACACGAAGACCGGGGGGACGCGCACGCCGAUGGAGAUGGACACGUUCCGCGGCAAGUAUGCGGAGUCGCGCGACGGGUCUGUUGUUUGAUGCGCGGUUUGGCGGAGAGUGGGCGAAUGUAUAAUUGAAUUCUAUGGAACGGACAAUGGACAUGCGAUUUAGAUUGUAGCCCCCUACUCUAUCUCUGCCUCACUCACUUACUAAUUGCCCCCUUUCGAGUGAUUCAGUCGAUCAAGGGAUGUGUGACCAUUUACUGUACUUACUUAUUACCUAUUAAUGGCUUUCCCGGAGACUUAGCGCGAGUCCGAUAUCCGUAACAAACGGACUUUUAACUUCUGAGCAGAACAAGAAUGUCGAUAUGAUGCGAUUGGCUAUCAUCUGGGGGUAUUCCGGGCUCAUAUCGCGGGGUUCCGAAUUGGACGGAUACCGCGUCGUGCGCAGAUAUUCCCGGCCGCUCGCUAGGCCUUCUGCGCACAUACCAGGUCCCUGAAUAGAUGUGCUCGAGGGGCACGAUAUUGGACCCUUCUUUUCCGGUAGCUGUGAUCCACGGGAAGGAGGAAAUCGAUUGCGACGACCCGGGACCAGACAGGGAGAUGCGAUCAGCUGGUUCGAGGUUACGCUUCUUGGGAAUGGAAAAAAGCCCUGAUCGCGUCGAAGACAGACGAGUUUCCGCAGCCUUGGUUCAGGCUGGCAAUACAUGGCUAAGAAGGGUUCAAACCCGGGUUCGACGGCCGGACUGUACCUCACUCAAGUCGUGCUUCAGGAACCACUGCACCGACUGAUUAGGCAUUUCCUGCCCAGAUCGCCUGCGAAGAAGCAGGCGCGGAUCUCUCCCCCCUCCCCCCAUCUCAUCUCGAGAUCAUCCAUCUUUUGAGAUGCGCGAACAGGGUUCUGUGCCUCGGGGCAUCUCCGGACCCGGAUCCGAGGCCUCUCCUUCUUCCGAGUACUGAGUCCGAUUGUACAAGGGUGGGAGACGAUCUCUCCGGGGAAGAACGGACGGAUGACUAGGGUUAUACUGAGGGGCUUGGGAGCACCGCAUUCGCGCACGGGCGAGGCGUGUGCGAGCUCUCAGCAAAUCUCGAGCGAGGAGUGGGACAGGGAAAUCUGUGUAUUAUUGAAAACCCUGAUUCUGGUGCACUAAAUGUCAAAUAGGACGUGGUUGUGCAGGGAUCAUUUUUGGGUCAAAUAGGACGGUGGCCGAGCGCCCCAUGAAACGAUCAGGGACAUUUCC